AUGCCCGCGCACAUAUGUAGCUCCCGAUGUCCCAGAAGUUUUCCUUCCCCAAGUCCAGACAAGAAUAUGUCUCGCAACACGAGCGAAUCGUCUCAAAAGCAAAGCCCCAAGGGAGGCAGUUUCUCGUCGCGUGGUUUUGUUGAUCCCGACUUGCUUCCUCCGCAAGCGCCCGGAUCCAAGCGCGAGUCGUAUAUGUCGAUGCUUUCCCAUGAUUCAGUGCAAGCAGCCGAGAUCGGCGAGGCCGUGCCAGUGCAGAUGCAAGACCAGCAGCCAAAGUUUGUAGCUGGUGCCAACGACGAAGAACCAGAAGAACAAAGGGAAUUGGAGACAGAGAUAGAAACAGAAACGGAGGUUGAAGCUCGGGGCCCGACACCAGCAGCUGCUUCAGUUGCAGGCCUGUCCGUCAACAUGUACACGCACCCCAAGGAAGACUCUGGCACGGAUGGAUUUGAUAAGGAGAUAUUCAACAAGGAACCGUCCGAAUCGAAGAUGCUGGAAACAGAGUAUUAUACUCCUGCUGCAUCGUCCGGCGUGGAUCCUUUGGAGGCGGAUCCUUCAAAGGCCGAAGGCGUGCAUGAAAAUACAUCAGAGCCAACUUCAUCAAGCCGAGACACAACACUUUCCCAAAAUGCGGAUCUCGUAACACCCAAUUCCCCACCGCUGGCGCCACAGGCUCAGGCUCCACAAAGUACACCUGGGUACGCUGUAUCCGAAGAACAUGACACAGACUUGGAAUCAAUGUUUUCUGAAGGCCAAGUGCCGUUGGGUCGGUUAAACACCAUCAACGCCGGUGCGCCCGCUGCUCCACCAUCAUUGUCGGUCAACACAGGCGUAGACGGCACAAUUCCGCCCCGACUGAGACGUCGGCCAGUGAGCGAGAUGAUCUCACGGCCCGUGAGACCCCUGGCGGGUCACAGACUCUCCUUGAAUAUCAGCGAGGAUUUGGAUCGGCUCAUGGCCAGUGCUACGGAUUUGCAGGAGCAAGAAGAGCAAGAAAAAGAAAGAGAAAGACAAGAGAUUGAAAACAGAGGAGGAGACAAGGAACAGAAAGAAGGUGUUGAAGUUGUUGAGGAUAGAGAACACCUGGAAAGAGGACACGAGAAGGAAAAACAAGCGAGGUCCGGUGCCACAAGCAAACGCAACAGCCGGUACUCCACCACUCGUACGAACAGAGAUACGGGAAGUCCGAUCGAUGUGCGUGCCCUGUGUUUGAGCAGCACAUUUUCGUCGGACAGCUUUUUGACUGCGGAAGGUGGUGUGUUGGGCAGUCCCCGGGCGCCAGUGGCACUUCCAAAGCGGCCUUCGCCCGAUAACAUGCAGCGCGCCCGCCAGGCAUCGCAGAAAUGGGGCGCGGGGCUGGACAUUGAAGAGGUUGAAGGCAGCGAAGCCACCGUCGCGCGCGCGGAGGCGCCCGAAUUCGCCCAAAGCACUGCGGGCGAGAUGUUGGCGGACCAAGGCGAAUACUACGAUGUAGAAGAGCCAGUGGUGAUCACGGGGCCUACGAGAGUUCGUUCAGUGAAGGAUAGCAUUCGUCACCAGAGACACAAGAGCAAAGCACGGUCGCGUCGCAGUGGUCCUAAACUUCGGCCAUUUUCGUACAACACGCUUAUCAACCUUCUAGAGAGCAUCAACGGUACGGUGGUGGGAGAAGAGUUUGAGCUGUUGAACUUACCUGCGAAAGAGAAACAAUUGAUAGAAAAGAUUGUCGAUCUGUUGAGUCGGUUGACCCUGGAUAUGGUUACGGACGAGAGUCGGUAUGACGUAGGAAUCGAGCGACUUGAAAAAGCACACCGCGCCUUAGAGGGCUUCUUAUGA